AUGCAGCAACCGAAUUACCUUAAUGUCUCCUAUGCCCAAGGAUCGCAUCCCAAGUCAGGUCGAGAGGUGAAGCAUUCUCUUGCUACUCCUGUUCCAGUCUCCAACCCAUCUAGCUCUCUUCUCUACUCUCCUCCUCAUUCCCAACUCGCAACCACCGAUCCCUUCUCCGACUCGCUUUCCCGUCCCGAUGUUUUUCCCCGCUACUCGCUCUACCUCCCCGACGACGAGCCUUACGACCCCGUUUUCGCUGCCACCAAAUCGCAGCCCGUGAGUCGCGACGCUCUCCAACGCCCUUCCUCUUCCUUCAUCAACGACAGCUUUCAGUCCAUGCUUUCCGAGUCCAUCUCCGCCAUUCUCGCUUCCCAAUCGUCCUACCGUCCUUCUGCCUCCGCCUCCGCCUCCGCCUCCGCUUCCGUUUCUCUCCCUGCGUCCGCCUCUCUCCCCGCUCCCGCCUCUACCGCGGGAAUUUCGGCGCGCCGCAUGUUUUCAGCGGAGCCCAUUCUCGAAGAAGUUCCCGGGCGCUUUGCCUCGCCCCCUCAGCGCGCCCUCGCGCGGCGCGACGAGUCCUUCUCCCUCCCGCAGUCCAUCCCCGUGCGCUCGGUCUCUCCGCUCCCCAUCGGGCGGAUCCCCGCGGUUCGGCGGUCCGAUUCGCCGGUGCAGUCGGCGGACGACUGGGUCUCCUUCUCUGGGAAGCGGUUUUCCUUCCCCUCCGAGCCGGGCGUGUUCUCCGACUGCACAAUGGACUACUCCAACAUGCCGAGCGGCGCACUGAAUCCUCGCCCGGCGCCCCCCGCGGGGAAGAAGGAGGCAAAACAGCCGGAGAAGGGGAAGAAGGGAGGAUCGAAGGCGAGCCGGCUGCUGGAUUACUCGCAGCCGCAGGAGGAAGGCCCGGUGGGAGCGAAUUUGUUUAUUUAUGAUGUUCCGCUGAGCUUCACGGAGAGUGAUCUCAUGAGUUUGUUUAGUCCUUUCGGAAAGAUUGUGUCUACGAAGAUUUACAGGGACAGGAAAACGGGGAAAAGUCGUGGUUUUGGAUUUGUGAGCUUUGACAAUGUGGACUCUGCAGAUGUGGCAAUACAAAAGAUGGAUGGCUACGAAAUCGAGUCGAAAGUAUUGCAAGUUCAGAAAAAGAUUAUCAAACAGAAUAAUAAUUCAAAAGAAUUCCGUGUUUGUUUGAGAAUUGUGGGAUCCCACGUUUUAGGCUCCGAGGUCAGGGAAGGAUCAGAAAUGCAGAAGGUAAUAAUACCAAGACAGCUCCAGGAAGUAAGUAGAGUUAUCUUCGGCAAUCUCCCAGCAAAUUCUCUGGUUUCUACUGGUCUGAAAGCAUUUUCGAAGAAGCCAACUGCGCGGCCUCUACAAGUUGCAAAUCCAAGGUCCAUUCAGGAAAUUUUGCGAGCACCUCUGGUCUAUCCUACGGAUGAUCUCAUUCUCAAUGGCUACAAACCGUAUGAAUGGCUGCGUUACACAGAAUUGACCACAGACAUAUUUGCAAAGAAGAUGGCAGGAGAACUAGUGGAUGAAGAGGAGUUGUUCUAUUAUCGACGUGCGAAGCCAAGGAGAAUUGUGGAUGGUCAUGUUGCGAGCAUGUAUAAGACAGAUAAUGAUGAUUACUGGGAAAAGAAGGCCUUGAGACGUCGUUUCCAGGGAAAAGGUCCUCCAAAGAAGGGAGAUGGAAAGAGAAAAUCAAAAUGAGUU